CCGAUAUCCCGAUGGACAGCGAGGAGUAGAGCCCGGCAGGAGCCUCUCCAGGGCCGGGAGGGAGCGAAGGCGAGCCUGCAAUCGUACCUUCCGGAGGGAUCUGCGAGUUUGCGGAGAAAAGGGGCUGUUGGGCGGAAAGAAUCAGAUGCUCUAGCAUCGCCGGCGAGGCAGCACUGCAUCGCCGCGCUCCGGCCCCGCCAUGGGCACCGGGAUGUGCUCGAGGAGGCAGAAGGGGCUGCUGCAGACCGCCUUCUGCCUGGCCACCGUGGCCUGCCUGACCUCCGGAGUUUUCCUCUACAACCACUUGCAGCAGAAGGUGUGGAACGCCGAAGCGCUGGCGCAGAAAUACAAACAGCAGCAGGAAGCACUGUCAGCCCAGCUCCAAGUGGUGUACGAGCACCGGUCCCGGCUGGAGCGAUCCCUGCAGAAGGAGCGAGGGGAGCACAAGAAGACAAAGGAAGAUUUUUUAGUAUACAAGUUAGAAGCUCAGGAAGCUCUCAACAAGGAGAAGCAAGACUCCAUGAACAGAUACGGAGCCCUCAGUUCCCAGCACAAGAUCCUGAAGAACCAGCAUGACGAUGUCAAGAAGCAGCUGCUGGACCUGCAGCUGCAGCACAACAGCCUGAAACUGGAGCACCGUAAGAGCCUGGAGACCCACAGCCAGAAAUUCACCCAGCUGCAGCAGGAGAAGGACAGCGAGGUCACCAACCUGCAGGACACUGUGUUUAAACUCAGAGAAGAGAGCAAGCUCCUCAGGAAGGCUCACCAGGAUGUUCACUCCCAGCUCCUCAAUGCCCAGGCCCAGAUGGAAGAGUUCAGGCAGCUCAAAGAAGCUCUCCAGAAGAUGCCAGGCAUGAGAGGAGGAGGAGGAGCUGGGAAGGGGCAGCAGCCUCUGGUACCAGCCAGCAGCCGGCUUCAGCUGGGGAGACAGAAGUCUUUCCAGGCCAGCCAGGAGAACCAUCCCACGCUGCCCUCAGCGGUGCCCAGUGCUCAGCGGCUGGCAGGACAGGGAUCUUCCAGCCAUGAUGGCCCCAGGCCACAGCCACAUGUGCCCUUCAGUCAGCCAGCCCCAGAACAGGGUGCCAAUUCACUGCCAGAGGCCGUGCCAGCCUGGCCAGUGCGGCAUGGGGACAGCCACAUGGUCAGGUUCACCCGCACCAUGAACAGCUUGCCCAACAGGAACCCAGAUGUGAAGAUGGUGAUGCGCAUCCAGGUGCGAAGCCAUGAGGAAAGCCAGGCUCCUGGGCUGUCCCUGGCUGAUCCAGGACAACCCUCUCCAGCAGAAAAGCUUCCAGUACCAGAUAACCACCACUCAGCAGGGAUCAGACAGGUGCAAAUGCAAAGCUGGAAGGACCUCAUUAGCAAGGUGAACGUCCAGAUGGAUGAGGAACAAGUGCAUGGGUACCCCAAGGACCUUCAGUUUGCCCCCAAGGCUGGGCAGAAGGUACAGAGAGGCAGCCCCCAGCCCCCCAGCCUGAGGAGAGGGGCAGAGCAGGCAGCAGAGAAGGAGAGGGUGGAUGAGGAGGAGCUGGAAAUGGAUGCAGGAGUGAUCAACAGGGAGGAGAACAUGCACUCACAGAAAGAGGCCGUGGUCCAGGAGCCCAUGAUGCCAGUUGAUGCUGCAGAUCCUGCCCAGGACCCCAAUAACCAAGGUGAGGAUGAGUUUGAGGAGGCUGAGCUGGAGAGACCUGAUUUUGAAGAGAAGAUGGGAGGCUCAGAGAAGUUUAAGGAGCCCAGUGUUAAAGAAGAGUCGAAGGAGAAACCACCAAAGGAUGCUGCCAGACCUCCCAAGCCCAGGGAAGACCCACUGGAGGACUACCAAGAAGAUCAGGAGCAAGAAAUUGUACGACACCAAGGAGGAUCAUGGAGGGGAGGUGGAUGACACAGAUGACCUGGAGCUUGUCCAAGAGCGGAAGGACCGUGGGUGAAUGCAGGGAGCUGGAGGCAAGAAGGAUGACUGCUUCUGAGAGCUGCUUCAGAAAAAUGGGAUACUCCAGGAAUAAGGGGAUGGGAACUCCUCCUGGGAACUGGCCCCAGAACGAAACACUGCCCAGAACAAAGGCAGGAGGAGGGAACUCUAUGCAUGCCCUUGCAGGGGGUUUGCAGAGGAUAAUUCCAUGUCGGUGUGGGGCCACUGAUGCCUCCCAAGGCGAUUCUCAGACUGGGAAUGAUCUUACCCUGCUGCUUUUCUUAGAAGCACUCUUUGAUUUACUGUGUUCUUUGCCCUCUUGUUUUUCACAUCCCCUUUCGAAGCUGGAGAGGGGUCUUUUGGUUGGUUUUGGGGGAUAUUUUUUACCCCCCUGGGCAGUGGAGGGAUGCCUGAGCUAGUCCCUGGACUCACUCAACUGAUCUCUAAUACAAAGGAAUCUAUCUUCAUA